GCUCCCAAGACACCAGGAAAUAUGGCGGCGCUCAUGACUCUCAGUCAGUUAUCAAGUGGAAACCCAGCAUAUGAGCAUUAUUACAGACAGCUGGAUCCAGGACACACAGGGAAAAUAUCAGCUGGCGAUGCAGCUCAGUUUCUUAAAAAGUCAAGCCUGCCAGACAGUACAUUGGGAAAGAUUUGGGAUUUAGCUGAUUCAGAAAGAAAAGGAUUCCUGGACAAGAGGGGUUUCUUCAUAGCUUUGAGACUCGUGGCCACAGCACAGGGCGGAAAUGACAUCAGCCUUAGCAACCUCAACAAAAUCGUCGCUGCUCCCAAGUUUAGAGACUCUAACAGCCCGAGUGUUUCCGCAACAUUGCCAGACUCACAGUGGGCAAUAAGGCCUGAUGAAAAAGGGAAGUUCGAGGGCAUUUUUGAGAGUCUGACUCCAGUAAAGGGUCUUCUCUCUGGGGACAAAGUCAGGCCAGUUUUGAUAAACUCCAAGCUACCUCUGGAUGUGUUAGGAAAGAUUUGGGACCUAAGUGAUGUUGACAAAGAUGGACAUUUGGACAAAGAGGAAUUCACAGUGGCCAUGCAUCUUGUGUAUCGAGCCAUGGAGAAGGAGCCCAUCCCAGCGAGCUUACCCACUUCCCUCAUCCCCCCUUCCAAAAGGAAAAAGAUUGCAGGUGCACUGCCGGGUGCUGUGGCGGUGCUGCCUGCUCUCUCUGGGCUUGCAGGUGGUCCAGCUCCUCUCAAAGACGCCUUGCGUAGCACUCCACCUCCUCUCAGUGCAGCUCCUCUCAGUGCGGCCCCUCUCAGCAUCAGUGGCGUCGGCCUCUCUCCAAAACACUCCUUUAAAUCCAGCUCACAGCCUGCAGUGAACUGGGUGGUACCUGUGGCUGACAGGGAGAGAUACAAGGACAUUUUCAAGCAGACAGACACUGAUGGUGACGGACUGGUCAAUGGCACCGAGGUGAUAGAGAUCUUCAUGCAUUCCAAUCUCUCCCAGACAAUGUUGGCCCAGAUAUGGGGAUUGGCAGACACCAAACAGACGGGAAAGCUGAACCACGAGCAGUUCUCUCUGGCCAUGUAUCUGAUUCAGCAGAAGGUCACUAAAGGCUUAGACCCCCCCUCCAAUCUCACUCCAGACAUGAUUCCCCCGUCAGAAAGGACUGGUACAACUGUCACCGACAGCACCAGCUCCACGGGGUCGGUGGAGCUGACGGGCAUCAAAGAGCUCGAUGACCUCAGCAAGGAAAUAGCGCAGCUGCAGAGAGAGAAAUUCAUCCUGGAGCAUGAGAUCAAGGAAAAGGAGGAUGCCAUCAGGCAGAAAAACAGCGAUGUUCAGGAUAUGCAGAACGACUUGGACAGGGAGAGCAGCAGUCUGCAGGACCUUGAGUCUCAAAAGCAGGACGCCCAGGAACGUUUAGAGGAGAUGGACCAGCAGCGCUCAAAGCUGGAAGGAAUGGUCAAUGACGUCAAGUUGAAGUGUCAGGAAGAAUCUCAGACGAUUUCAUCCCUGCAAGGCCAGAUCCGCUCUCAGGAGGUGGACCUCCAGAGCCAAGAGGAUGAAAUGAGGCGCACCAAAUCAGACCUGAGCCGGCUGCAGGAGGAGGAGUCCCAGCUGGAGCAGAGCCUGCUCUCCGGUCGCGUCCAGCUGGACAGCAUUGUUAAGUCGCUCAAAACCACCCAGGAAGAGAUCAAUCAGGCUCGCAGUAAGUUGACACUGAUCCAGGAUAACCAGAAAGAGGUGACCAAGACCAUUGAGCAGUACAACGACGCUUUGAGAGACAUUAACGGAGGAAACUUCACCAACCUGCCAGACUUAAGUGAGGGGUUUCCUGCAAAGGAGAAUGGAGGUUUCAGGACUGUGGAUGAAUCUUUCAAGUCAAGGAUAGCCAUGUUCAACAACAGCAGUGCUAAGGAGGCUCCAUCAGACCCUUUUAAAACAGAAGACCCCUUCAAGUCUGACACCUUUCAAGAUCCAUUUGGAGGAGAUCCUUUCAAAGAGAGUGAUCCAUUCAAAGGAACCUCAUCUGAAGACUUUUUCAAGAGGCCAGACAAGUCGGACCCGUUCCCAUCCUCAGAACCCUUUAGUAGAAAACCCUCACUGCCAAGCAAGCCGAGUGCCUUCAGCAGUGGCGAUCCCUUCUCAUCAAAGAGCCCAAAACCAAACAAUUCAGAUGUGUUUGGGACAGCGGACCCUUUCCGAAGCCACGCGUUUGGAGGCAAGGUCGGUGGAUUUGCUGAUUUCAAUCAGAUGUCAAAGAAAUCAGAAAACCCUGUGCUCCCAUCAAAGAAGAAUGUGCCUAACCGACCUGCACCUCCUCCCUAUGGUUUGCUCAGUUUGGGUGCGUCAGAGUCGUCCCAGGGUGUUUGCCUCGCUGCAGACUGUAACGACUCUUUUGUUACGACAGACACAAGUAAAACAUCCAAAGAGGGUCCUGUUGGUUUUGCAGAUUUUGCUUCUCUUGGAAAUGAGAGCCAGCAGCUAGAGUGGGCCAAGCGGGAGAGCGAGCGUGAGGAGCAGGAGAGGCUGAGGAGGCUGCGGCUCCAAGAGCAGCAGGACCUGGAGCUCGCCAUGGCUCUCAGCAGGGCCGACAUGCCCAGCGUCUGACCAGGCAUGCCCCACCGCAGCUUUUCAGCCCUCUUCAUUUAGUCGACACUGGCCCAACAUGACUAUCAGCUCCUGUUACCAAUUUGUAUAAGACACCAGUGUUGUCUCCCGCCGUGACUGGACUCAAGUCAAAUGACUCCACGUUUAGCCACCAGUUAAGGUUCAUUGCUCCCAAACUACAUGACAACUAUAAUCAGGGACGAUACGGAGCCAGUUGAUUUAAGCCUGCCUUCUUCCUGCAGCAACAUAGCGAUUUAAACGCAACACAAACCAGAAGGGUUCAUGACUACAACCUAAGCCUAGCUCCAUAUCUUGUUCUGGUAAUCACUCUGCCUUAACCAAAAGCCUGUUUGUUGCAAAACAAAAGAAUAUUUUAUUUGUGUACAAAAGCGAUGGGUGUGUUGCGCAUGUACUUGCAAGAUGCACUUUGUAAACAGUUUUAUAUAUAACCUUUAAUUACUCCGAAGAAUUCGUAUUAAAAAUUAAAAAAAAAAAGUCAAACCAUACAAGCUAACUGUUAGCCUGGGUAUAAAGUUAUAUUAUUUUUUAGAACCCUCUUCAUGUGUUCACUGUAAAUAUAAUAUUAUAUUAGACUUUAGAACAUCUGUAAAAGAAGACUGGAGUUAUCAGCAUGAGAACGGCAUGAUUUAGAUUUUAAUAUCAAAGGUUACAAAUGUUUUCUUAACAGUUAUGAUUUUAAAUCUACUAUUUAUGGCCUUACAGUUCAUGGAUUAAAGAAUAUAAUCAACCUCUGAGUGUAGAGAAGUGGGGUGUGUUGGCAAUCAGUGAUGUGCUUUUUAGUACUAACAAAGACUUUGGUUAAAUAUUGUCCUAUCGUGGCUCGACCUCGUCUUUACAAUUUUUAAACAAAAACACAGAGACACUAGUGAUAACCGGCGAUGUCUUCCUUUCCUACGAUAAAAAGGUCCGUCUACCUUGGAUACGAUGUCCGAAGCUUGUGCGCGUCGGAUGGUUUCUCAUUGGUUGCCUUGCGGUGAAAACCCUGAGCGACUUGCACUCCCAUACAACUAAAAGCCUCUACUAUUCAAUGGAGAAAUGUGUAAAGGUAAUUUGUUUUUAGUCGUGCUGUUACAUUUACCUUUUAACUUCUUCUCCAUCCUCACGUUACCACUGAUGUAGUGCGGUGACCGCGUGCUUCCAAAUCUCUGCUUUUCAAGCAAGUCAACCGUUAAACUUUGCGCCUCAUGAUCCGUUUGGAGGACGUCUGUGUAAGAUCUCUUUCUUCUAACUGUUAAACACUAAUCAGGUUUAUUUGGCACAUAAUGUAUGGAUGCAUUGUAUCUUCCAGAGCUGACUGGACAUGCCUUAUUUAUCAACAUAUCAACACUGUAACAUAUUAUUGCACAGUAUGUAUGCGAUUAUAUUCUGCAUAUGAAAAUCCUUAAAGUUUUAAGUCGCUCGGAUCCAGCUUUUGAUUGAAUAAAAGUGAUUUUUUAAACAUUG